GUCCCGGCGUCGGCGGCGCGCGCGCUCCCUCCUCUCAGAGAGAGGGCUGUGGUAAAAGCCGUCCGGAAAAUGGCCGCCGCCGCCGCUGCCGCGCCGAGCGGAGGAGGAGGAGGAGGCGAGGAGGAGAGACUGCUCCAUAAAAAUACAGACUCACCAGUUCCUGCUUUGAUGUGACAUGUGACUCCCCAGAAUACAUCUUGCUUCUGUAGACCAGCUCCAACAGGAUUCCAUGGUAGCUGGAAUGUUAGGGCUCAGAUAUUUAAGGUUUGUGAAGGCGUUUCUGCUUCAAUGUGAUAUGUCCAUUCCUGAACAUACGAACAUUCCUGAAAAAAUCCUGUGUUCAACAAAUCACACAAUAAAAAGGAAGAAAAGUCAGAAGACCAGGAUCUCCAGGGCCUCAAGGACAAACCCCUGAAGUUUAAAAAGGUGAAGAAGGAUAAGAAAGAAGAUAAAGAGGGCAAGCAUGAGCCCCUGCAGCCACCGGCUCACCACUCUGCUGAGCCAGCAGAGGCAGGCAAAGCAGAGACCUCAGAAGGGUCAGGCUCAGCCCCAGCUGUCCCAGAAGCUUCUGCCUCCCCCAAACAGCGGCGCUCCAUCAUUCGUGACCGGGGACCCAUGUAUGAUGACCCCACUCUGCCUGAAGGUUGGACCCGAAAGCUUAAGCAAAGGAAAUCUGGCCGCUCCGCUGGGAAGUAUGAUGUGUAUUUGAUCAAUCCCCAGGGAAAAGCCUUUCGCUCUAAAGUGGAGUUGAUUGCGUACUUCGAAAAGGUAGGCGACACCUCCCUGGACCCUAAUGAUUUUGACUUCACGGUAACUGGGAGAGGGAGCCCCUCCCGGCGAGAGCAGAAACCACCUAAGAAGCCCAAAUCUCCCAAAGCUCCAGGAACUGGCAGAGGUCGGGGACGCCCCAAAGGGAGCGGCACUGCGAGACCCAAGGCAGCAGCAUCAGAGGGUGUGCAGGUGAAAAGGGUCUUGGAGAAAAGUCCCGGGAAGCUGCUCGUCAAGAUGCCUUUUCAAGCUUCAGCGGGGAGCAAGGCUGAAGGGGGUGGGGCCACCACGUCAGCCCAGGUCAUGGUUAUCAAACGCCCUGGCAGGAAGAGAAAAGCCGAAGCCGACCCCCAGGCCAUUCCCAAGAAGCGGGGCCGAAAGCCAGGCAGUGUGGUGGCAGCCGCUGCCGCAGAGGCCAAGAAGAAAGCAGUGAAGGAAUCUUCCAUCCGGUCCGUGCAGGAGACCGUGCUCCCCAUCAAGAAGCGCAAGACCCGGGAGACAGUCAGCAUCGAGGUGAAGGAGGUGGUGAAGCCCCUGCUGGUGUCCACCCUCGGUGAGAAGAGUGGAAAGGGACUGAAGACCUGCAAGAGCCCCGGACGGAAAAGCAAGGAGAGCAGCCCAAAGGGGCGCAGCAGCAGCGCCGCCUCACCCCCCAAGAAGGAGCACCACCACCACCACCACCACUCAGAGCCCCCGAAGGCACCCGCGCCGCUGCUUCCGCCCCCGCCCCCACCCCCACCUGAGCCCCAGAGCUCUGAGGACCCCGCCAGCCCCCCUGAGCCCCAGGACUUGAGCAGCGGCGUCUGCAAAGAGGAGAAGAUGGCGAGAGGAGGCUCGCUGGAGAGCGACGGCUGCCCCAAGGAGCCAGCUAAGACUCAGCCUGCGGUCGCAACCGCCGCCACGGCCGCAGACAAGUACAAACACCGAGGGGAGGGAGAGCGCAAAGACAUUGUUUCAUCCUCCAUGCCAAGGCCAAACAGAGAGGAGCCUGUGGACAGCCGGACGCCCGUGACCGAGAGAGUUAGCUGACUUUACACAGAGCGGAUUGCAAAGCAAACCAACAAGAAUAAAGGCAGCUGUUGUCUCUUCUCCUUAUGGGUAGGGCUCUGACAAAGCUUCCCGAUUAACUGAAAUAAAAAAUAUUUUUUUUUCUUUCAGUAAACUUAGAGUUUCGUGGCUUCAGGGUGGGAGUAGUUGGAGCAUUGGGGUGUUUUUCUUACCGACAAGCACAGUCAGGUUGAAGACCUAACCAGGGCCAGAAGUAGCUUUGCACUUUUCUAAACUAGGCUCCUUCAACAAGGCUUGCUGCAGAUACUACUGACCAGACAAGCUGUUGACCAGGCUUCUUAGGGUAUGCCUGCACCUCCCCUCCCACCCAGACCUCCCCCCACCCCCCAUGGUCAUUAGGGACAGAGAGUGCCAUUGGUGCCCCAGUCUCCGUUCUCCUCUCUCCCACCCUGCCCCUCCCCCGCCUUCCCCAUCCCCACCCACAUUGGGACGAGGUGUGAGGCAGGAGAGACAGUUGGAUUCUUUAGAUAAAAAGAUGGAGAUGGCCAGUGGCUACAGCCUGUGUGAUCUCACCCAUGGUGGCACAAAUCUGGCCCCAUGCCAGCCCCAAUCCAAAACCGACGAGGACAUUUCACAGGACAGGGAAGUAGCACCUGUCCGUUCCAGUUCUGGCAUGGCUGCGAGGGAGUCAGUCCUUUGAGCUGCGGGGUGUCGACUGGCCUGAGCCAGGUGAGAGGACCGCCCAGGGCCCUUCUCCAGUGGGUGGUGCUAGAGCCCCCCCCACCCCGAAGCAACAGGACGAGGCGCAGGCAGGCUGGCCCCAGGCUCCUGGGCUCCUCUGGGUGGCAGAGAGCAGGGGGGCCAAUGGAAUUCCUAGUCACUCAGAGCAGUCUGUGACUGGUAGGUAGAGGCCUAGUGGACAGGUUGGGGGGCCACAGGGAAGGAGGGGAAAAUGUUCUUCCAAAACUUUCCAAUACUACUCCUUUAGGGACAGCUUAGAACUAUUUGCACUAUUGAGUCUUCAUGUUCCCACUUCAAAACAAACAUGCUCUGAGAGCAAACUGGCUUGAAUUGGUGACACUUAGUCCCUCAAGCCACCAGACAUGAUGGUGUUUAGAACUACCUGGAUCUGUAUAUACCUGCGCUUGUUUUAAAGUGGGCUCAGCACAUAGGGUUCCCACGAAGCUCCGAAACUCUAAGUGUUUGCUGCAAUUUUAUAAGGACUUCCUGAUUGGUUUCUCUUCUGUCCUUCCAUUUCUGCCUUCUUUCAUUCAUCCUUUCAUUUCUUCCCCUCGUUCAUCCCUUCUGUACCAGGCACCCACAGUUCUCAGCUUUACCUGAGCUGAUGCUGGUCAGCUUAGGCCCCCAGAUCUCACCAUGCCCUUGGCCUUCCCACUGCCAGCCCUAGCCGUAGCCCCACCCCAUUCUGAGCCCUGAGGAAGCCCCAGGCUCUGCUGAGUCCACCUGGCCCUAGCACCUUGGCCUCUCUGAAGGGCAAGAGAGCAGCAAGAUCUUGCUCUCUUAGGGAGUCCCCUUCCCUGGUCAGACCCUGGAUUCUGGGCCUUCUCAACCUUCUACUCGAGAGAAGCAGGCAGGAGAAGAUGGGCAGAUUUGGAUUUGGGAGCUGAGAGUAGCACAGAGGCCCCUAUGGCCUGCCGUAGUCAUCAAGUAGCCCGGCCCUGACCUUGGCCUGGGCCAGGCCCAGCUAGCACAGUGUGGUGCAAUGAGGCAGCAGGCGGGAAGAAAUGCAGAUGCCCCAGACCUGAGCUGGGACCAGUGCCUAGGCCCCUGGCCCCUCUGUUCCUCCCUUAAGUUAACCACGAGUUCUUUUCUGAUGGAAAAUGUCUGGCUUUUGCUUGCUGGAGACGGGCUGGAGCCAGCAUAUCACACAUCUCCACAUCUGUGCCAGGGGAAUGGUGUGGGGGCCGAGAGGUGUGGGUUUGCUAUGGGUGUUCAUUGAUCAAUCUCCAUUUAGGACCCCAUCCUUUCAUUCUGUGUUCAGGAAGUCCUUAUCUAGCUGCAUAUCUUCAUCAUAUUGGUAUAUCCUUUUCUGUGUUUACAGAGAUGUCUCUUAUAUCUAAAUCUGUCCAACUGAGAAGUACCUUAUCAAAGUAGCAAAUGAGACAGCAGUCUUAUGCUUCCAGAAACACCCACAAGCACGUCCCAUGCAAGCUGCUGCCAUGAACUGUCAAGUGCGUGUUGUCUCGUGUAUUUCAGUUACUGUCCCCUGGCUUCCUUACUGCGGUGUAACCAUGAAGGAGUGAAACAUCCUAAAAACCGUCUAGCACUUCCUCGCCAGUCCUUAGUGAUCAGGAACCAUAGUUGACAGUUCCAAUCAGUAGCUUAAGAAAAAAAACGCGUUUGUCUCUUCCGGAAUGGUUAGAAGCAAGGGAGUUUGCCCCCAUUCUGUUUGCAGAAUCAUAGUUGGCCUUUGUAGCAUUUUUGUACCCAUUUCCUUAUGCUGCAAAAGCAAGUCCCACAACCAGACCCGCUCUGCUGUUGACCCUCUGGGCUUCACUUCUGACUCCUCCCCAGGAAGGGAAGGGGGGUCGGAGGAGGGGGCAAGUCCUUCAGGAUCCCUCUUCCUUCAAGGACAAAAGGCUCCUGACCCUGAAGUGGCCUCGCACUCCUGGCACCCAUAAAGGAUGCCUAUCCACGCGAGUACAGCGUCUGGCCAGUUUUUCGUGGAGACACUGUCCAUUUUGGCCGGUUGGGUUUUUAUGCAUUACACUUAGUCCAGUGGAAUGUGACUCCUGGAACCAGUGUCAAGAGCUGGCCUCUCCAUGAGCUCAGUACCAUCUGGUCCUGGGAAGAGGAGUGCGGGGUCCACCAUGCCCCCCUUUCACCCAUGACCAUUCAUGGGCUGACUGGGCAUUGGUGGUUGAGAGCACAGCAUUUCAAGUGUCAUUUUCUUUCAGCCCGGCCUGACCUGCAGCCCCCUCGCUCCCCAGUUGCUUCUCCUUACAGUUCCAAAGCUGCAGGCAGCCCCCGAGGCUCCUUAGGGUUUUCUCUCCUUCUCCCUUUUCUUCCACAUUCCCUCUUCUUCACCUAAUAAAGACAUCACAAGUAAGUCACCAUUAAGCAGGUCGCCUUGGUGGUUUGUCGCCCUGGCAGGCAGGGGCCCUGCAGCUCCCGUACAGGAGGUUGGCGGGAAAGCCAGGCCAUGGGAUUCUCACCAGCCAUGUCCAGCCCAGUUUGGGGGUUGAUUUUGUGUGUACUUGAGCAUCACGAAGAUUGGGGGCAUCUUUUAGGGACUGUGUGAAGAAUACAGAAAUUAACUGACAGCUUUCAGACACCUGUUUGUAGGGCUAGGUCACAGUCACUUUCAGUCUCCCCAACCCUCGUUCUAGUUGUUAGUCACUACCUCCUCUCCCAACAGAAUGCUGUAUGUCCUUGAGCUUCUUCCACAAUGCCCAGCCCUGCCCUACCCAUUAGUGGGCCUGUCCUAACCAGUGCAAUUGCUGGCCUUGACACUGUAGCAAACCAGGGCACUGAGCCACAGCCAGGCUCUAAUAAGACAGCUCCCUUCUGCUGCUGCUGUAUUCCCAUUAUCAGAAGGCACAGGCGACACCUAGAAAUGCCCCACUUCCCAGUCCAUCAGUGCCAAACUACCCGAGGACCUCAGCCCCCUCAACUCCCUGGAAGGUGAAAGCCGUGGUGGUGGCCCAGGGACACUGGCCACAGUCGGCACCUGGCUUCUACUGAGACCCUGUGCAGGUGCGGGCAACAGUCUGUUCAGGGGCACCAUUCCAGGCUGGAGGCCGCAAAUGGUGGCACCAGGACCCAGAGCAGCCGCGAGUUGUCAGCUGCUCCUCCACGCAGCUUUUCGUUGCUGUGACAGGGAUCAUGAAAGAAGGUACUAGCCUGAAACAAGCUGCCAUGUUUGGUGGGAAAGGUGUUUCUUUAGCUGACAGGACCUCUGGGUUUAAGUAACUUGAAGUAAGCGGCUGAAGCGCAGGAGGGAGCGACAGGUGUGACGUGAGUGAGCUCACCAGGUGGGGCUGACUGGAUCUUGGAGAACCCAAGGGGAGCCUAGCAGCCGAGCUCUGUGCCCCCUUUCCAGAGCAUUUGCACCUGGCUCUCUGGGCUGAUGGAGCCAGGGAAGGUCACAGGUGCCGGUUCUCAGAGAAGCCUUUUGCGCAUUUUUUUGUAGCCGGUGUCGCCCCGAAUUGUUUCCUAAUGUGAGUUUCACACACUGAUUUUAGGACUGAUGGCCCAGACCUCAGGAAGCAAGCUGUGUUUAGAGCCCUGUGGGCAUUUGCCUAGCCAAUUCCCAGAGUCCUGGCUCACGGUGGUCGGGGUGGGGAUGGGGGGCCAAGCAUGGCAGCGUCGCCUGGCCUGUGGUAGAGUCCCUGCUCCUGUGCCCCUGCGGCCCCACCAUGUCGCGUUCCUAAUCUUACUCUGUUCUCUGUAAGGGCCCCCACCUUUGCUCUCUUCAUCAGUAAACUCGUCCACUCUGGAGGGGUUCGUUGAGUCUCCAUUUUUGCGUCUUUCUCUUUUAGAUACUGUUAUCAAUCUUUAGAAAAGGCAUAGUCUAAUUGUUUCAUAUCGCUAGGAUACUGCCUCCCCCAGGGUCUAACGUUACAUAUUAAAGGGGGAAAAAAGUGAACACUGAAACUGGUUCUCAACAAUUCAGGAGGAAAACCUAGAAAACAUUUGGCAGAAAAUUACAUUUCAGUGUUUCUGAAUGAAUAAGAGCAAGCUUUUGCAAAAAUGCUGAUCUAAAAAUAUUUGGAGCUUGGCCUGACGUGAGUGCUACAGGAAAAGGGGAAUCCAGCCUGAAGCUGCUGAUCUGAGACUUGGGGCCAUCCUAGCAUUGGAGAGCCCCCUGUCCUGUGGGGCUGCCUGCCUGGUCCCAAACUGUAGGAGCCCCACGCUUGGUGUGGGGAGCAGAGUGUCACCAGUGACUUCAAAGGCCUGCGAUGUUCUCACCACCUAGCACCACCUGUUUCUUGCUCCUUUCUCAUUUCGACAGGAUAUUCCCCAAGUGCUGAUUUUUCAGGGGAAAAGGGAGUUCUAACUAGGGCCCAGGCAACUAGGAAGGUGAGGGUGAGGUCUCCCCUUUGGCCUCAGCCUGUCCCCUGAGGACAUUCCCCUGCUCUGCUCUCCUUAGGGCCCAGGGUCUAGGUGAAGUGGUGCUCCAUUCUGCACUCAGAGGUGAAGACAGAAGCCUGUGCACUCCCUGUGGUGUGUGUCCCCCUCGCCCUUCACCAGCGAGAGCCCCUGGGCCAGAGGGAGGGCAGUCACAAGAACAGGUGCUGGGCAGAACCGACACCCUCAUAAAGGGAAGUCCGGCCUUUGAGUUUGAGAGCAUUAGGGAAACUUGGAAAUUGCCUUUGCUCCCCUAGCCCCCUUUCUAGCUUACCUUUUCUCAGGUCCUCAGCAGCGAGAGACAAUGAGAUGAAAAGGCCAAGAGAUUGGGCUCCUGCUCACUGGUAGUCCCUUUCCCUUCAGUGUUUGUGUGUCCAGUGACAAAGGUGUUCUUCCUGGUGACCCUGAUUAUAUCCGGUAUCUUAUAGACUAUAUGCAUAGGCCUGCUUGGUCUCCUCUAUCCUGGGCUUUUGUUUUGCUUUUUAGCUUUGCUUUUAGUUUUUCUGUCCCUUUUAUUUAAUGCACCGACUAGACACACAGAGCAGUUGAAUUUUUAUAUAUAUAUCUGUAUAUUGCACAAUUAUACACUCAUUUUGCUUGUGGCUCCAACACACACACACACAUACACACACACACACACAAAAAAACCUGUUAAAAUUAUACCUGUUGCUUAAUUAAAAUACUUCUGAUAACCAUAGCAUAGGACAAGGGAAAAUAAAAAAACAAAACAAAAAAAAAACAAAAAACAAAAAACAAAAAAAACUACAAAUCUGUCUGCUGGUCACUUCUGUCCAAGCAGAUCAGUGGUCUUUCCUCGCUUUCAAGGGCUUCCCUGUGCCAAGCGAAGGAGGCUCCAGGCAGCAUCCGGGUUUUGCACUGUUUCUCUCAUGCUUAUGAGAGAGGUCCCAGGAUGCUGGUGCAAGACAGUUCACUUCAAUGGGUGGGUGUAAGAGCACUUCCUUGCCCUGGCAAAGUCUGGAAUGUAGUUGGUACCACCCGGCCCCCUUUGACCUCUGGGUGGGGCAGUUGGAGUCCAUGGGUGGGGGGCUGAUCCUACCCCCAGCCCUCCCAGUGACCCAGUCAGAGUGAUCAUGUAUGGAGAGUCAGCUCAGCAGGCCUCCCCACCAGUAGGGCUUCCACUUUGCUGAGGCUGGAGGGCGGAUGGGAGGCCUAGCACAUCUCUGAAUGUGUGAGCUGCGCCAGAUAGACACCAGGGACCCCAGAACCACAUACAAGAGUCCACUGGGUCUCCUCUAGGAGGUAGCAAAGACUCCAGAAACAUCCCUUUCUCUUCUCCCUCAUCCUACGAGUAACUGCAUUUGCUUUUGUAAUUCUUAAUGAGCAAUAUCUGCUAGAGAGUUUAGCCGUAACAGUUCUUUUUGAUCGUUUUUUUAAGUAAUUAAAAAACACCAAAAAAAACAAAAAACAAAAACCAGAAACUUGUUCUUCCAAAGCAGAGAGCAUUAUAAUCACCAGGGCCAAAAGCUUCCCUCCCUGCAUCAUUACUUCUUCUGAGGCCUGAACCAAAAGAGAAACACUCAUAAGCCCUUUGGGUGGCCAGGCUACCUGUGGGCCCCUCGGAGGACCUGGGCUGGGGCAGCCUCUGGUCCCAGUCUGGGGCCCGCUCCAGCCUGCGUUCAGUAUUAGCAGUGGGUCACGACGUCCUUUCCCACCAAGCCUGGGAUGGGGGCAGAGGAGGCGAGGAGGCCGUUGCUGCUGAUGUUUGCCACUAACAGGUGGGUGUCCACGUGUGUGCUUUCUGACUGAAAUCUGAAAUCAGCACCCAACUUAGCCUCACCCAGUGACCUCUCGCCUGCCUGGACGGAGCAGGGCCCGCCCAGUUGAGUGUUUCUGGGGAGAUGGACGGUGGAGUGCAAAAGGCUUGCAGAACUUGAAGCCUGCUCCUUCCCUUGCUACCAAGGCCUCCUUUUCCGUUUGAUUUGUCACUGCUUCAAUCAAUAACGGCCGCUCCAGAGUCAGUAGUUGAUGAAUAUAUGACCAAAUAUCACCAGGACUGUUACUCAAUGUGUGCCGAGCCCUUUCCUCGCGCUGGGCUCCUGUGUACCCGGACACUGUAACGUGUGCUGUGUUUGCUCUCCUCCCCUUUUCCCUCAUCCUUCCAUCGUUUUUCUGGGGUUUUUCUGUUUGGGUUUGGUUUGGUUUUUAUUUCUCCUUUUGUGUUCCAAACAUGAGGUUCUCUCUACUGGUCCUCUUAACUGUGGUGUUGAGGCUUAUAUUUGUGUAAUUUUCGGUGGGUGAAAGGAAAUUUGCUAAGUAAAUCUCUUCUGUGUUUGAACUGAAGUCUGUAUUGUAACCAUGUUUAAAGUAAUUGUUCCAGAGACAAAUGCUUCUAGACACCUUUUCUUUACAAACAAAAGAAUUUGGAGGGAGGGGAUGGUGACCAAGAUGAGAGGGGCUGUCCUUUUUCCCCAGGAGGGGAGAUCCGAAGAGAUGACCCCUGCCCAGAUCAGCCAGAUGCCACCCAAAGAAGUUAAGCCUAAGCCAGCGGACCAAAUAGCUGAUGUGUUGCCAUUUUCGAAGUCAGAGCAAAACCAGGUUUUGUUCCACCCAAUGGAUUCUGUUUCCUUUUUUCCCCGAGAUUAUUAGCAUCAUCAUUAUUUUUAAGGACAGACAAGGUUGAUGUUCCUUUGAAGGGAGACAGGAGGGGUGUGAGUAGAGCCGACCUUGCCUCAGUGGGAGGAGGAUGGGGCAGGCCUGAACAGCAUAGCUCAGAAUAAGGGUGGUCAUCUCCCUGGAGACCUCCGCUGUGGCCACGGGUCAGGUGUAUGUUGACAGGGCAGAUUGGCCACUCUCCACCUGAUGCAACUCUUCCUGGACAGGCCAGGUGGUGGGCAUUACCAUUCAGGACACCUCCAUCACAUCCCACCCAGUCCCAGAGUAUACAACACUAAAAUGACCUCUAGAUUCUUCACCAUCCUGGGUGAUAUGACAAUGGUGAAGGGGGUACACUCUCUUUGCUGUCAUCUGAUCCCCAGCAAAAUUUGGAGAUGAGAAACCCCACUUCCCUUCCCCUGGCAAAACCAGAUCCUUCUGAGAAAAGCCAUUAUCCCCACCAGACAUUGUUUUGGGCUCAUGGAACAGGGACAGAUGUGUGCUCCCUUAGCACCCAGCCCGCCCCCCCCAAAGGCGAAGACAAUGCUGACUGUCAUGACUAUUUGCACAUGGGUUUAGUAUCAGGAAGAACCAGGCAGGGUGGCUGCCCCUCCUGAGUCACAGUGACACUGGCCACCCUAGCCAGAGGAGCUCCAGCUCGGAAGCCUGGCGAGGGUGGGAGACAGGUGUGUGUGGGCAGGGAGCAGCCCAGGACAGACUUGGCUAGAGAUGUCUCCAAAGCCCUCCAUCACAUUCACCUUCAGUUUUUGUGUUUUGGGACAAUUACUUUAGAAAAUAAGUAGGUCGUUUUAAAAACAAAAAAAUAUUGAUUGCUUUUUUGUAGUGUUCAAAAAAAGGUUCUUUGUGUAUAGCCAAAUGACUGAAAGCACUGAUAUAUUUAAAAACAAAAGGCAAUUUAUUAAGGAAAUUUGUACCAUUUCAGUAAACCUGUCUGAAUGUACCUGUAUACGUUUCAGAAACACCCCCUCCCACUGAAUCCCUGUAACCUAUUUAUUAUAUAAAGAGUUUGCCUUAUAAAUUUA